AUGGCAAAAUUAUCAGUUUCGCCAAUGAAGAUUACUUGCGAUAUGGAUGAGAAUCAUGAAUGCAUUUCAAAUGUUGUUGCAACUAACAAUGCGGUGGACAUGGAUGAACUGUAUAUGCAAAAUGAUCAGUCCGAUGACAAUUAUAUGCGACCGUUGUCUCCAUGUAAUCAAAAUUGUGAAAACGAUUGUGUGACCUUUACAAGUGAUGAUUAUUGGGAUGGGGUAGAAGUAGUGCAUGGCAACUACAUAGAUGAUUCUCAUGUGAUAAAUGAAGACAAUGUUACUCAUAAUACACCUUUUACAUUGGUAGAUGAGAUCAUUGGAAUUUCCCAAGUUGUUGCCUAUCCGAAUCCUUGUGGAACAUCAAUUAAGAUUCCUGACGUCGAUGAUGUGCACGUUAGCCAAAUUUUUCGCAACAAGAAGGAUCUUCAGGCAUCACUACAAAUGCUUACUGUAAGAAACUCUUUCGAAUUUAAGGUCACCAAGUCAAAUAAGAGUACAUAUGUAGCAAUAUGUGUUGAGGAAAUUUGCAAAUGGCGUUUGCAGGCAACACAAUUGAAGGAAAGUGACGAAUUUGAAAUUCGAAAGUAUUCACGUUAUCAUAAUUGUUCAUUGGAUGUUCGUCACAAAGAUCAUAGACAAGCUAGUUGUGGGAUGAUAGGAAAACACAUCAUGUCGAAGUUUGAGGAUCCCAACAUUAUAUACGGACCUUCGAACAUUCAAAAUGAUAUUCGUCGGGAGUUUGGCAUAGAUAUAAAUUAUUAUAAGGCAUGGAUGGCUAGAGAAUGUGCUAUAGAGCUAUUAAGAGGUUCACCUGAUCUUAGUUAUGAUAGAUUGGCCAAGUAUUGCAAUAUUCUGAAGAAGAAUAAUCCUGGUACAGUGACGUUCAUUGAGGUUGAUAAUGAGAACCGAUUUAAAUACUUUUUUAUGGCUUUAGGACCAAGCAUACAUGGUUUUCAUUCAUCAAUGAGACAUGUCAUUUAUGUGGACGGAACAUUUAUGAAAUCAAAAUUUCGAGGUACGUUACUUGUUGCCACGUGUCAAGAUGCAAAUCUUCAGAUAUAUCCUCUUGCAUUUGGCAUUGUUGAUUCUGAAAAUGAUGCAUCAUGGACUUGGUUCUUCGAUAAGUUGUUUCAGGUAACAGGUAUGUUGGAAGGGCUUGUUUUCAUUUCUUAUCGCAUGGAUAGCAUUGGUAACGCUAUAAAGAUUGUUUAUCCUUAUGCACAUCAUGGAUGUUGCAUGUGGCAUCUACAACUAAACAUAAAGUCAAAUUAUCAUAAGGCCGAUAUUCUGCCAUUGUUUAUGGCAACUGCAAAGGAGUAUAGUUUGAUUAAUUUUGAAAAAUCAAUCGCAAAUCUAUAUCGUAAAAGUCUGGCAGUUGGACAAUACCUAGAAAAGAAAGUUGGGUAUGAAUUUUGGUCCCGAGCACAUUUCAAAGGAAUCCAUUACAAUAUUAUGACAACUAACAAUGUAGAAUCUUUGAACUCGUUAUUCAAGAAUGCUCGGGAGUUUCCAGUACUUGCUAUGGUUGAGCAAAUAAGAAUAACUUUACAAAAAUGGUUUUAUGAGAGACACAUUGAGGCGGAAGAAUGUGCAACUACUCUAACCCCUCUCAUUGAGGAUAAAAUGCGUAAAAAGUAUAAUGAUGCAAAGGGACUGAUAAUGGUACCAAUAAAUGAGUAUGAGUUGCACGUCGGUGUUGAGAAUGAAAUGCAUAUCAUGAACUUGGAGGCAAGAACCUGUAGUUGUAGGGAAUUUGAUUUGAAAAAGCUUCCUUGCAAACAUGGACUUGCAGCAGCGAAAUUUAAGGGAAUAUCUUGUUACAGUUUGUGCUCACCUUAUUAUACCAGUGCUAGUUUGAAACAAGCAUAUGCUGAAUGUAUAUAUCCAGUGGCAAAUGAGGUUGACUGGGAAAUCUCCAAUCAGCCAAAGGUGUUACUAUACCUUUCGAAUCGACGACAAAGUGGACGUCCAAAAAAUCGUCGAAUUCCAUCAAGAGGAGAGGAAAAAAAGACUCGUAAAUGUAGUAAGUGUGGCCAAAGGGGCCAUAAUCGUCUGACUUGCAAAAAUGCUCUACACUAG